AUGGGUGACCUUUGGCAUGGGCUCUCUCAGCUGUGUGGCUGGGUCUACUUCGUCUUAUGGUCUCUCUCGUUCUAUCCGCAGCCACUACUGAACAUCAAAAAUCGAUCGACCAACGGCCUCGCCUUCGAUUUUCCCCUUCUCAACACCUURGGAUUUAUCUGCUACACGAUUGGGACUGCUGUUUUUCUGUACUCGCCUACCAUCAGAGAACAGUAUGCAGCACGGCAUCCAGCCAGUCCGGAACCAACAGUUCAGUUCAACGAUCUCUGCUUCGGAAUCAAUGCGGUCGUGUUCUGUGCCAUUUCAGUCUCGCAAUUCUGGCCUCCACUCUGGGGGUUCAAGCACUCGACAAACAGGCGUGCAAAUAUCGUCACCUGGAGCAUCGUGUGCGCAAGCUUUCUCACCAUCGCAUGUUCCGCCAUCAUGGUUCUCGUCAGCCAGGAAAGUAUGGACACCGGUGGACACGAAUGGGAAUGGAUCGAUGUCGUAAGGCACGUCAGCGUAUUUGGAAUCGGCCACUACUAA